UUUAUCCAGUAGUGUGAGUUAGUUGAUGUUACACGCGGUGCUCUUUCCGCAGUUUAUAGCUCUCCACGUCAAUCCAUGUUCCGGGUUUAAAACUCCGGUUCAUGGUUUCCGGGAAUCCGAGCUGAAUUCUGCCCUUUCCACGCCGCUGUUGCGCUCUUCUACCCAGCCGGGGCAUUUUGCUCAGAUUGCUCUCGGGGAAAAAACCACAACACACAGAGUCAGAGUUUCUAAUCGUGUUUCUUUUCGGAUCCUCUGCUUUGUGUUCUCGCUGAGCUCCGUGUUUCGUCCCCGCGGUUCUGCGCAGUGAACCGCUCCGCCGCCGGUAUGGAUUGAUGUGAUUUUUUUUUCUCCGCCUCGCCAAGUUUUCUCUUCGGCCGCCAGCUCCAUGUUUCUCAGGGCGACUUUUCCGAAGUGACCGGCUCGCGGAUGGUUUCGGAGGCGCGCGCAGGGUGAAAACUGUGUGAUCGGGAGAGGGAGAGGGUCGGGGCCGGAUUUUCUAGCACGGACUCCGUGGACUUUUGCUGUUUGUUGGAGACGAAACUAACAUAUUUUUUGUUUUGUUUUGUUUUGUUUGAGCUGAAAGUGAUGGCGGAGCGGGGAGCGCGCGUGCUCCUCUCUCUCCUCUGCCUCACCUCUGCGUGCUCGCUCGCGCCUGCACGCGCUCAGAAAGGCUCCGUCAAGAGGCACUUCAGUCCUUUGUGGUUCUCCGUGGAACCCUCGGAUACGUUGGCGGUGAGGGGGUCCCCUGCGUUACUCAACUGCUCUGUCUACAGCGAGCUCCCUGUCAAGGUGCACUGGAAGAAAGAUGGCGUCUUGCUCAACCCGGACGAUCGCAGGCAGGUCCUGCCCGACGGCUCGCUGCUCAUCGGCUCCGUCAUGCACUCCAAACACAACAAACCCGACGAGGGCGUCUAUCAGUGCGUGGCUACCAUCGAGAACCUGGGCAUGAUCAGCAGCCGCACCGCCAGACUCAACGUAGCAGGUACACCUCGUUUCUCCGGGCAGCCCGAGGCGUCGUCUGUGCGUCUCGGGGAGAGCCAGGUGCUCAGCUGUGAGGUCAAUACGGACUUGGUGAGCUUUAUUCGCUGGGAGCACGAUAAGGAGCCGGUGCCAUUGGACCAGAGAGUGUACACGUUACCCAGCGGCGCUCUGGUCAUCAGCAACGCCACAGGGGUGGACGCAGGUCUGUACCGGUGUGUGCUGGAAAAUGCAGGACCUACGAAGAACAGCGACGAGGCUGAGCUCCAGAUCCUACCUGAAACAUGGGAGGUGCGCAAGCUGGAGUUCCUCAGGCAGCCAGGCUCCGUGUCCAGGGUGGUGGGAGAGAGCGUAUUGCUCCCCUGUGUGGUGAGCGGAUUCCCUGCAGCCUACGUUCGCUGGAUGCAAGACGAUAGAGUCAUCGAUGACAGUGACAGCCGCUUUGAGCUGCUCGGCGGGGGCAGUCUACAGAUCUUUAACCUGACGGAAGAGGAUGGUGGGAUAUACAGUUGCCUGGCGGAUAAUGCAAACGACUCCAUUGAAGCUCGGGCUGAGCUCACGAUUCAAGUUCCUCCACAGUUUCUGAAGAGACCGACCAACACUUACGCUCACGAGGCUACGGACAUAUUGUUUGAAUGCGAGGCGACUGGAUCCCCUGCCCCCACCAUCAAAUGGGUUAAAAACGGGGACGCCGUGGUUCCCAGCGACUAUUUCAGAAUCCUGAAAGAGCAGAAUCUGCAGGUGCAGGGCCUGGUGAAGACAGAUGAGGGGUUUUAUCAAUGUCUAGCCGAGAACGAAGUGGGCAACAUACAGGCCAGCGCUCAACUCAUCAUUCUAGACCAAGCCACCCCUUCUCCCUCACCCACACUGAUCCGUGCCACUGCUGACCGUGUAACACCAGGCUCAGGAGGAAGCUCCGGCUCCGACCCCGCCCCCGUCCCUGGUCCCGUGCCCUCGGCCCCCCGUGACGUAGUGGCGUCCCUGGUGUCCACCCGCUUCAUCAAGCUGACCUGGCGCCUGCCACUCGAGCCACACGGCGACGACAUCACUUACUCCGUCUACUACGGUCUGGAGAGCACCAAAAGGGAGAGGACGGUGAACACCAGCCGGCCGGGCGAAAUGCAGGUCACCAUCCAGAACCUCAAGCCAGACACCAAGUACACCUUUCGAGUGGUGGCGUACAAUAAGCACGGCCGUGGAGAGAGCUCAGUGCCCCUGAAGGUCGCCACCCAGCCAGAAGUUCAAGUACCAGGACCCGCUCCCAACUUCCAAGCCGUGGUCCAGACCUCCUCUUCAGUCAGCCUGAGCUGGGACAAACCCCUGACCGGCAACGGCGACAUCCAGAACUAUAAAGUAUACUACAUGGAGAAAAGCCUGGGCAAUGAGAAGGACAUUGAGGUUAGUGGACUGUCCUACACCAUGUCUGGGCUGAAGAAGUUCACAGAGUACAACUUCCGAGUCGUGGCCCACAACAAGCACGGACCUGGAGUCUCUACAGAAGAUGUGUCAGCGCGGACUUACUCAGAUGUCCCCAGUGCGGCACCCCAGAACAUGACUGUGGAGGUGCUAAACUCAAAGAGCCUCAUGGUGCGAUGGCAGCCCCCUCCAGCUGACGCUCAGAACGGAGAGAUCAUAGACUACAAGAUUCGCUACAAGAAAGGCACGAGGAAGAGUGAACCUUUGGAGAUCACCACAGGAAACCAGCUCAGCAAGCUCAUAGAUGGGUUGCAGCGUGGCACAGAGUACUCUGUGCGCGUGUCAGCCAUAACUGUGAACGGCUCAGGCCCCGCGACAGACUGGACCACCGCUGAGACCUUCGAGAGCGAUUUGGACGAGACCCGCGUCCCCGAUGUGCCUGGUUCUUUACAUGUCCGGCCGCUGGUGAACAGCAUCGUGGUGAGCUGGUCUCCACCAGAGAACCAGGACAUUGUGGUUAGAGGUUACAUCAUAGGCUAUGGAAUCGGGAACCCUCAUAGCCAAACGAUCAAAGUUGACUACAAACAAAGAUAUUACAACAUCGAGAACCUUGAUCCCAGCUCGCACUACGUGAUCACGCUGAAGGCUUACAACAACGUAGGUGAGGGCAUCCCGGUGUACGAGAGUGCCCUCACGCGACCCCAGACAGACCCCAUAGACCCUGAUGUUGAUUUGUACGAACUUUUCCAUCCUCCAUACACUCCAGUACCAGACCCCAUUCCCAUGAUGCCUCCCGUGGGUGUUCAGGCUUCGGUUCUGAGCCACGACACCAUCAAAGUCACAUGGGCUGACAACUCGCUGCCCAAGAACCAGAAAAUCACAGAUGCACGCUACUACACAGUGCGCUGGAAGACCAACAUACCAGCAAACACCAAAUUUAAGACGGCCAACACUACCAACCUGAGUCACAUGGUGACGGGUCUGAAGCCCAACACUCUGUACGAGUUCUCCGUCAUGGUCACUAAAGGCAGGAAAACUAGCACGUGGAGCAUGACGGCUCAUGGGACGACGUUAGAAGCCACGCCGAGUUCUGCCCCCAAAGACGUGACUGUGGUGAGUAAAGAGGGUCGUCCACGCACCAUCAUAGUCAACUGGCAGCCUCCUUCCGAAGCCAACGGCAAAAUUACAGGCUACAUCAUCUACUACAGCACUGACGUCAAUGCUGAGGUACACGACUGGGUGAUUGAGCCGGUGGUGGGGAACCGACUCACCCAUCAGAUCCAGGAGUUGACCCUUGACACAACAUACUACUUUAAAAUCCAGGCUCGCAACUCCAAGGGCAUGGGGCCCAUGUCCGACGCAGUCCAGUUCCGCACGCUUAAAGCUUCUGGGAUCCCCGGGAAACCAGGCCGAACAGCUACACUAGACCCUGGUAUUGGGAAAUCAGGGAUGCCUGGUAGCGAAAACCACAUCCUGGUGAUCGUCAUCAUCGUGUCCGUGGGAGGCUUCAUCAUCAUCGCGUUGGUCGUGGGAGCCUUAUUGUGCUCGCGCCGCUCCAACUCCCAGCAGAAAAAGAAACGGGCAGCCUGCAAGUCCACCAACGGCUCACACAAGUACAAAGGCAACUCUAAAGACCUCAAACCACCUGAUCUUUGGAUCCACCACGAGCGCUUGGAGCUCAAACCUAUCGAUAAGUCACCUGAGCCCAAUCCGGUCAUGACGGACACCCCGAUCCCACGUUCCUCCCAGGACAUCACUCCUGUAGAUACCACCAUGGACCCGAUCCUCCAGAGACGGAAUUCGUACCGUGGCCAUGAGUCAGAGGACAGCAUGUCUACACUGGCAGGUCGUCGGGGAAUGAGGCCUAAAAUGAUGAUGCCCUUUGAUGCUCAGCCCCCUCAGCCCGUGAUUAGUGCUCACCCCAUCCAUUCCCUUGAUAACCAUCACCACCAUUAUCACCUGGGCAGCCUGGCCUCCCCGACCCACAACUAUCUGCAACACGCGAGCAGCCCGCGGCCCCUCACCACCUCCAUCUCUUAUCUAGACAGGGCCGAGUCGCCAGAAUCGGUGAGAAACACUCCCACUACAGACCUGCUGCCUGCUUCAGCUCAGCCCUCCUGCUCCAUCGAUCACUCGGAGACCGACGUCAGUUAUCACGGCUCAGCUACCGAGGACGAGCCCAGCUACAACCCCCCAACAGCACACGUACGCCCCACACACCCUCUCAAGAGCUUCGCCGUGCCCUCGGUGCCCGCCCACGGCUCCGCCUACGAGGGAGUUGCUCUGCCCAGCACACCCCUGCUCUCUCAGACAGGUCCUCACUCGGUCAAGACCGCUUCCAUCGGGACGCUGGGUAGGACGAGGACGCCGAUGCCAGUAAUCGUACCCAACGCACCGGACGUCCCAGACAGCAGCAGAAUGCUGGAGGAAUGCGAGAGCAAGUACGAGACGGACGAGCUGUCGGAGGAGAUGGCCCACCUGGAGGGCUUAAUGAAGGACCUAAACGCCAUCACGACGGCCUGAGCACAAUGCCUACACCCUAACACACACACACAAUCAUAUACACACACACACACACACACACACACACGCACGCACUCUCUUACAAACACACGCUUACUUUUAUCCACAGCCUGCCACGGCAUGGACACGAGUUCUCAGUCCUUUACAGAACCGAAUGAGAGAAAUUGAACAUUUUGGCUUGCCUUGCUAACUCUCAGGAAGGAAAUGGCCGUCUGUUAAAGGAGUGAAAGACAUUUUAGGUACCGAUUCCUUCAGGAACGUUUCGCGUUUUUUUGUGCUUCGGAAACGCUGUUUGUUACGAAUUUAAAAAAAAGAAAAGGAAAAAAACACAAAAAACAAAGGAAGAUUACAAUAUGCUGGUGUUCGUGCUGGUGCUCAAGGCACAAUUUACAGUGUUUCAUUUGUGCGUUUUUGUAUCUCUCGAUCUCUCUCUCUCUGUCUGUCUCUCUAUAUCUCUCUC